AUGCUGGCCGGGAAAGGUAUCAAGGCCGUUGCGGUAAUGUGGGCGAUGACCUUCAUCUCCUUUGUCCUCGUUCCUCUGCGGCUAUACACGCGGAUAUAUAUCAUUAAAGCAGUUGGGGUGGACGACUAUAUUUUCAAUGUGGCCUGGGUAUUUCUGCUUCUUUACAGCGUCUUCAUCACCAUCGCCGGGAUUCACGGAUUCGGACAACCUAUAACUAUGCUUUCCAUGGACUCCGCCGUCCAAGCCGUGUAUACCGAGAUGAUCGGGCAAACCUUUGCCGUCCUAGGCAUGGCCAUUGCGAAGCUUUCGUUGGGCUUCUUUCUGCUCCGCAUCGUUAUCGAACAAUGGCAUCGGAUCUCCAUCUGGAUCUCGAUGGUCAGCCUGUCCCUGGUAUCGCUGGUGACGGCCGUUAUUUUCUGGACUCAGCGCCUUCCGUCCAACUCCAUAUACGAUCCCCGCGUGCCCGGGCGCACCAUUGUUGCCGUUACCCCAUUCUCGGUUCUGCUUGGCUCUUGGUGUGCCGCGGUGGAUUUUUACUUUGCUCUCCUGCCCUGGCUCUUCAUAUGGAAGCUGAAUAUGAAGUUCAAAGAGAAGAUGUCGAUCGCUAUUAGUUUGAGCCUUGGAUUCAUAGCUUGUGUCUGCGGAAUCAUCCGCACAAUCGAGCUAGGUGGAUUGUCCAGCACCAACUAUACAGGUAAAUUCCUUCCGUUUGAGGUUGCACUAUUCCCAUGUCAUUGUCGACUGAUCUCGUCCCUUCUCUCCAAUCCAGAAGAUACGGUCAGCCUGGUUAUCUGGUCAGGGGUCGAACUGGCCGUCACCCUCAUCUGCGUCGGCAUUCCUACCGUUCGCCCUCUCUACCGGAAGAUCGUCUACGGAUCUAACCUGGAGGACUCGGAGGGUAAGUACGUGAACUACGACGAUUCCAACCAAUCUUCCCGCUUCCGGAUGCGGAAUUUGGCAAAGGACGACACCCUUUUCAGCAUCGUGCAGGAGAAUAACAUGGAGUCGUAUGUCACUCGUGACAACCGGAGCGAUGAGAGAAUUCUUCCGGGUCAAAAUUCCAGUGGCAGUGACGCUAUUCGCAUUCAGGAGGAGGUGCGGGUUGAGAGAGUCUAG